AUGACUGUUGGAUACAUGAAAGAUGUCGCAACGGCGACUUCUUUCACAUUUCUUCGGCUUUUGUUCCGUUGGCGUGGAAGUGUAUGGAAAGCGAUAUACUGGGAAUUGGUUCUUUGGUUAUUUCUUUUUGUUAAUAUUCGGACAGUUUAUGAUUUUGCGUUGCUCGACACUUUUUACGGAACACUUUUUGAACAAGUUGUGGUUCGAUGUAGAGAUAUAGUCGGUCACAGUCGUUCUGUAAUCACGUUUGCAUUAGGCUUCUACGUAACAUUUGUCACAAAUCGCUGGUGGAGUGUGUUUAUGACGAUACCAUGGCCGGACACGGCAGCUCUUCAAAUGACAGCGUUUCUGAAAACUCGUGGGAGAAAACAUGAAGCCGAGGAUAAAAAUCUGCGACAAACCAUCAUGCGAUAUCUAAUUCUCUCGUAUGUUCUCGUCUUCCGCGAUGUCAGCCUUCGAAUCAAAAAGAGAUUCCCAACUUACGAUCAUUUGGCGCCAACGCUAAUAACUUAUGAGGAAAAAUCAAGACUCGAGAAGAAUACUCAUACAAGACAUUGGGUACCCAUAGGUUGGGCUUUGGGACUUCUAAAAACCGCGCAAAAGAAGGGAUGCAUUGAAUAUUAUCAUUUUUCCCAAAUUACAAAGUCAAUUCUCGACUAUCGCCAACAACUUCACGACAUUCUUUCUUAUGAUUGGAUCAGUGUCCCAUUAGUCUACGUUCAAUCGGUGAAUAUGUGUACAGUGAGCUAUUUCAUAAUAUUAUGUCUAGCUUCCCAAAGAAUUUACGAUGACGAUUCAGAAGUCACCGAAGCUGCUGAAACACUGGUCCCAUUAUACAAUAUAAUUGAAUUCGUUGUAUUCAAUGGAUGGCUUAAAAUCGCAUUUGUAAUGCUUAACCCAUUCGGUCUCGAUGAUGAUGAUUUCGAAGUAGAUACAUUAAUCGAACGCAAUCUCAUGGUCUCGUUGAGUUAUGCCACAGACUUCUUCGAUCGUGUUCCUGAUCUUGUCGAGAUGAAUGUCAUAUUGCCACAUACUGUGCAAUCCGCGGCUAUUAUGAAGCGUGCGAAUCCAAUGCACGGAUCGGCGGUUACUGUAAAGGUUCCGGCCGAGCAGCAGAAGCUUAUAAGCGACAAUUUCCAACCAGCGAAUAUAAUCUUGAACAAGUCGCCGAUUCCGAAGGUUAUCAACACAGUCGAUGACACGAGAACGCUGGCUUGCAACAACGAGGAUUCACCUCCAAAUGAAGCGCUUCGAGCUCCGGAAGGGUCGAAACGCGAAAACGAGUCGAAUGGAAAUUAUAUUCUGAAGAAAGAGGAUCUUGAAGCGGCUGUAAACAGGCUUCUUGAAAAACGACUGGCCGAAGAGGCUCUAGCAUCGGCAAAAACGCAAUCACUCACCGAAGCUCUCGAUCGGACGCAGAACACUCCAAGAAGCACGGAUGGAAUGAAAUCGAGCGAUAAUUUGAAGAAGAAGAGCAAUAAUACCACUAGGAGGAAAGAUAUGUCGGUUGUGAACUCGAAAUCAUGGGAGAGUCAAGUAAGAUCGAUACUGAAAAAAGAUGCGCUUCACAAACAUCCAUCGGAAUCACCUCGAGUCUCGCGUAAUCCGAGCCCAAGAAUGUCGCGGAAUCCGAGUCGUGCUUCAUCGCUCCGAACUGAUUACAAGCAUCGGCCAUCGGCGAGACAAACUCCGCGAGUCUCGGCUCGCAGUCGGGACCCGUUGCUCAGAUCGAGAUACAGCGCACCGAAUAGUGUCGUUGACAACACUCAAAUCGAAUAA